CCGAGGCCCCUGGAGCUCCCUCACCCGCCGGCUUGCCAGGCUGCGCCGUUACAAGCGGCAAGAGGGUCGCUUGGUCGGGAAGCCCAGCGCUAAGCUGCGCGGAGCUAGCGCACUUCCCCCAGCAGCCCUCAGCUCGCGGGCGAGGAGCUCCGCUGCGCCGCUAAAGUCGGCGGGAAAGCCUUGGCAACACCUCCCGCCUCAAGGAGCGCGGCCGGCUAGGGAGACGCAGGCGGGCGACGGAGUUCACGCUUCAGGCGAGUUUUGCUGGGACUGAGGAGGCCGAGGACGUGGCUGAGACUGCCAGCUUUGGGCCGCUCCGCGCGGCUUCCCCACCUGGAGCCGGAAAACAACAGUGUCUGGCGGGCUUUCGUCCGAGACUCAGUCCGUCCUCUUCUGCCUUGGCUGCCCUCCUCCUACUCGGCCGGGGGAGGCAAAGCCAUGACUUCCAGCUACGGGCACGUCCUGGAGAGACAGCCGGCCGUCCUAGCCACGCGCCUGGAGAGCCCCGGCAACCUCGACAGCCUGCAGGCUAAGAAGAACUUCUCGGUCAGCCACCUGUUGGAUCUGGAGGAAGCCGGCGAUUUGGUGGCGGCUCAGACAGACGAGAGCGUCGGGGAAAGCGGCCGGAGUCUCCUGGAGUCGCCGGGACUGACCAGCGGCAGUGACACUCAGCAGCCGGACGGUGAUCAGCUGAAUUCUGAAGAGAAGAAGAAACGAAAGCAGAGGCGAAACAGGACUACCUUCAACAGCAGCCAGCUUCAGGCCCUGGAGAGAGUCUUUGAGCGGACACAUUACCCAGAUGCUUUUGUACGAGAAGACCUUGCACGCAGGGUCAACCUCACCGAGGCUCGGGUCCAGGUGUGGUUUCAGAACAGACGGGCAAAGUUUCGCAGGAAUGAGCGAGCAAUGCUGGCCAACAAAAAUGCAUCCCUCCUUAAGUCUUACUCAGGUGAUGUUACUGCAGUGGAGCAACCAAUUGUACCUCGCCCAGCACCAAGAGCCAGCGACUAUCUCUCCUGGGGAACUGCCUCUCCUUACAGUACUGCCAUGGCUUCUUAUUCUGCUUCCUGUACCAAUGCCAGCCCAGCUCAGGGCAUGAAUAUGGCUAACAGCAUUGCCAAUCUGAGACUGAAGGCAAAGGAAUAUAGUUUACAGAGGAAUCAGGUGCCAACUGUAAAUUAGAGGGCAGCAACAUAUAAGAACAGCCCAAAUCUACAAAGAAAAAUCCCUGCCUGGGGCAACUGUCCUGCUUUGCCAUUUGUUCAGACCUGGAAAGUCCAGCAACUUGAGCUAAAGUUUUGCAUUGAGGAUAAAAGCAGGAUCCAAAUAAAUGGAAAACAGUUUCCAACAUGACGUUACAAAUACCAAUAACCCCACAAUAUUGCCAAAGUGCCAAGAAAUCUCUUCUAGGAGCUUCUUCGGUGAAGGAUACAAGGCUUGAAUUAAUCCUAGGAAUGACUGCAAAGCCAAAGAUCCUGCACUUGUCUCUUCUGUGUUCCCCAUUGGACUUUUGUGUUUGCCCCUCAUCCCUUGUAUUUGAAACCUUCUAAAAUACUCUGAAAUCUUAUGCCAAAGAUCCUCAUGGUUGUUGAUCCUCUGAUCCAUUCAAAGCACAAUGGAUCCCAACUGAUGUUGUGACCACCAGCAUAUGCCAGAUGCCUUAGCAUCUAAACGUUUAUGUCUGUUGGCUAGAAUCUCACCUUCUCUUAGCUGUUUGAAGUCGAUUUUGAUUAUAGAUGUGUCUUACUGUUUAUUCUGCCACAACCUCUUUGAUAUUGUUAUGCUGGUUUCCAAAGAAUCGCUAAAUAUAAAAAUACGUUACUUUGAACCAAUUUCUGCCAAUGCAGGAAUGUACAAAUUUUCAAAUCACAUAGAACACUUCAUCCUGAUGAGAAUGUAUUUGAGAUAUUACUCUGUGGAAUUGAAAAGCUGGUACAAACCUACAAAUUUUGGAGAAAACAAAGAGCAGAAUCCAGAUGUGCAGGUACUAUAAAUGAAAGUUAAUUUCCAAUGCAAAAAUCAGAGG